GUGUUGUUGUUUUUCUUUCACAUUCUGGAAUAGAAGAUAUCUUUUAGAAUAAUAUUGUUUCAGUAAUUGAUAUUGAUAUAGUGAUAAAAUGGCAGCUGAAAUAAAACCUGGUUCAGCAAAUGCUGGAGAUAGAUUCAGUACAACGAAAAAACCGGUGCUAUUGUCGAAGUUAGAAGGAUGCAACGAUGAUAUAAACCAAGCAAUUCUCAUACCUGGCCAGGAUGGGGUGAUCAGUGUUUCGGAUGAUAGGACUGUACGGGUGUGGUUGAAGAGGGACUCGGGACAGUAUUGGCCCAGUAUCUGCGCUUACAUGCCUGUGGCAGCUACUUGCGUCUUCUACUGCCCUGAGACUAGACAGAUGUUCGUUGGGCAAGACAAUGGCACAAUCACUCAAUAUUUGCUGGAGGAGGACUUAAACCGGAUGUCGUCAGUGAGAGAUGUACUGGCUCACCAAGGCCGAGUGACUGCAGUACACUACGCUCUCACCCUAGAGUGGGUGUUGAGCAUCAGUAGGGACAAGAUGUUCCAGUUCCAUUGUUCUGAGACUGGCAGACAACUCGGCAACUUCAUCAGCAACGCUUGGUGCACAGCCCUUGUUUUUGACGCUCCAUCAAAGCACGCAUUCGUAGGAGACUACAGUGGAGUUAUCACAAUGCUGAAACUGAGCAAUGCCGGUUGUCAAAUCAUCACCUCCCUUAAAGGACACACUGGCAGUAUCCGUACUCUAGCCUGGGACCCUCAGAGACAAAGACUUUACUCGGGCAGCUUUGACCAGAUUGUCAUCUGUUGGGACAUCGGAGGCCAGCAAGGCAAUGCUUAUGAGCUCCAGGGGCAUCACAAUAAAGUGACAGCCCUCAACUAUUGUCCCUUGAAGCAACAGCUGAUUUCUGGAGGAGAAGACUGUACUUUGGUGUUUUGGGAUAUGACAGCUGAGAGGAAAGAGACACCAGAGUGGGUGGAGUCGGAUACAUGUCAGCUGUGUGGACGACCCUUUUUUUGGAACAUCCGGGCCAUGAUGGACCAGAAGCAGCUGGGGUUCCGACAACAUCACUGUCGGGCGUGUGGUCGCGCAGUGUGUGACAGAUGCUCUAGUCGCGCAGUGACUAUACCUACCAUGGGCUUUGAGCUGCCUGUCCGUGUGUGUGACCCUUGCCACAUACAGCUACGUGACGCUGACCGCACUCCUCUAGCUACCUUCCACGACACUAAGCACUGCAUCGUCUCCAUGGACCUGGACGAGCCUAGGAAACGGCUGUUGACAGUUGGACAGGACAAACUCAUCAAGUUGUGGGACGUGUCUGCCCUUCUGUAGCCAAACUCAGUCCCCGGACAUAGCGCUUCUACCACAGUAAUGUAAUGCUCAUGUGUAAUCCGUGGGUCGAUGUUCCGAUAUAUUUAACGUUUGCCCGUUAACCCCAGUCAUGACGGAGCGUUUUGUUGAGCGAUUCGAUGAAUGAUAUUUUUCUAACGUCUACGUUCAAGGUUAUUCUUGAUUUCCAGUGUAUAUUUUGACGGUCAAACCUUGUAAAUAUUUUAUCGUAAGAUUAAAACGAGUAAAAAUAUGGCUAGAUGUAAUGUGCUAAGGAUGUACUAUAUUAAUGAAUUUUUUUUUGGUAGUCUAUGGUAAAUAAUUAGUUUUACUUAUAUAUUAUUUUCAAGACUUAUUAGAUAGAGGUAUUUAGGGAUUAUAAUAACUGAGUAAUCGUAAACACUUGUAACAAUGCAUGAUUCUGGGAUUUGUUGAACAAAUUUGGAACUGUGAUAGUGAUAUUUGAAUAAUAAUUGUAUUGGAUUAAAUUUGGAUCAGGACACUGAAUGCACAAUGUGUUAGGGAAUUUCCAGAUACCAGUGUUUUAUUUGAAAAUAGACCAGAAAUUGAGACAGUAGUUGUACAUCCCAAUAGUUUCAUUAGGAUGAUUUGGUAUCACUACAUAGUGAGGUGAUGUAAUUGAAUCUUGAUACUUAUAAAUCGUAGCUAAAUUCAGUUACCAAUCUGGCAUAAAUCAAAAUAGUCGUACAUUUUCAGCCUGAAGUCAGUAUAGACAAAUACAGUUUGCUGUCACCAGUUAAACAAAUUUGUUAAUGCACCUCGCUACUUUUCGAUUGAGCUCGUUAAUUUGUUUCUAGAAUUUUAACUCUUUUACGAGUUCAAAGUUUUAGUAGUAGUGUAAACAGUAAAACAGUAAGUUAGUGGAUAAGAGAGAGUUAAAAAAAGAGUUAGUUCUUGUAGUCUUCUUGUACGAUUAAAUCUAAGAGACAGGAAAGUCAUAAUGAUGUUAUUUGGUCCAUGAUCACUUCUUGAAAAUUAAAAUGGUAUAAGAUUACCUGUUUCUGUCUGUGAAUACAAAUUAGGACAGGAAAGUACUUCUCAAAAUGAUGUCUUUCUGAAAACAUGCAACAUUUUCAAACACUGCAAUGAGUUCAGAUUCACAAGCUGUUUUCCGAUGAGAAAAAUUGUAAUACAACAUUUUGGUUAUAGUCAAAAAUGAUUUUAGGUUGGAGUCAGUUAAUUUAUUGAACUAAGUCCUGGGACCCAAACAAAUUUUUAGAUAAAGAUUUUAAAAUAAUUUAAGAUAAACAAUAUUCCAACUAAUUAUUAUAUGCCCCUCUAUUGUAUUAGCAAAACAAAAUGUCAAUCAAUAUAAUCUAGAAAAGAAAUCGAAUAGAUCAAUGAAAGAUAAACUUGACGAUGACUUAUGAUAACUUGAGUAGGUGGUAAAAAUUAUUGUCUUAAAGAGUUUAGUUGGUUUGGUAAUAACGAUUGUGAUCUUCCGAGACUUUGAGUUUGCUUCAAUCCAGCCCAUACCUUCAUUGCUCUCCAAUCUCAGCAGGAUAGUCUAAUCCUUCACCGGGACCAGAUUAAAUAAGAACUCUUAAAAUAUUAAACCCAGUAGGCUUAUUUAGAUUCCCUCAAUUUUUCAACGAAACUCUCAGGUUUAUGCUGAUUUUUGUGUUGCUUUGGUGUUAAAAAUAAUUGUUUUGAAGCACUUACGUUAUUAAUUCUGACACAGAAUGUUUUUCUUCUGGUUUAGGUAGGUUACAAAAUCGCCCUGCUUUCGUCCAAUAACCUUGUUGUGUUAUGCAAUUAUUGAUGUUUAUCAAAUGUUUAUUUACCAUUAAAUAGUUAUAGUUUUAUAAAUAUUGUUAAUAUUCGUAUAAUCAUUUUAAUUAAAUAGAAAUAAACUGAUGUUAUUUAUUUAGC